AUGAACAAAAAAAAAACCUUGGUUCGAGGAGGGGAGUUAAGCGGAGACAGAAACAUAAUGGCAUUUCAUCAAGAGUUUUUCACUUUAAAUAACGGUAACAAGAUCCCUGCCGUUGCUGUUGUUGGUACAGGUACCACAUGGUUCAAGAACGAAGAGACCGAGAGUAAUUUCUCCAAAGAAUUGGUCGAGCAGAUCAAGUAUGCUUUGACCCUACCUGGAAUUGUGCAUUUGGAUGCAGCCGAGUGUUACAAUACAUACCAAGAGCUUGGUCAGGCCUUGCGCGAGAGUCCCAAGCCAAGAGACGAGAUUUUCAUCACUGACAAGUUCUCCCCUACUCCAAAAAACCAUGGCGGAGUGUUGGAAAGGUUUGAGUCUGGAAUCAAGAAAAUGGGAGUUGAUUACGUGGACCUAUACCUAAUCCACAGCCCCUUAAUUGAAAAGGAGAAGAAUGGUGUUACCUUGGAAGAAGUGUGGAAAGAUUUGGAAAAACUGUACGAGGCUGGAAAGGCAAAGAACAUUGGUGUGUCCAAUUUCCGCGUUGAGGAUUUGCAAAGGAUUUUGAAAGUGGCCAAAGUGAAGCCACAAGUUAAUCAAAUUGAAUUUCACGUUUUCUUACAGAACCAGACCCCGGGAAUCGUUAAAUUUUCCCAAGACAACAAUAUCCAACUAGAAGCGUACACGCCAUUAGGGCCAUUGCAAAGAAAACAAUCCGAUGCCGGCGAUUUCUACAACUAUGUCGAAGAGUUAGCUAAGAAAUACGGCAAGACAGAGGCACAAGUGCUCUUGAGAUGGGUCACUAGACGUCACGUGCUACCUAUCACCACCAGCUCCAAACCACAAAGGAUCCAAGCUGCUCAAGAUCUAUUCAGUUUCGAUCUAACUGAUGAGGAAGUGAAGAAGAUUACGGAACUAGGUUUGAAACACAAACCGCUCAGAUUGUAUUGGAAUGACGUCUGGGACCAAUACAACUCCGAGGCCCAGAAACCUUAG